CUUACUCAUUACGAGACAGUCUGAAUCAGUCAGUGGCUCAGUCAACUUUGUUGAAUAUGCGCUGUAAACGUUAAACUGUGAACGCAAUGCGAUUGUAAAUGAAACACAAAAAUUUAGGUUUGAUUUUGUUAAUGCGGUUUUGCACAGAAAAGUGUAGUGUUAUUGUAAAUGUAGUGUUGUUAUGGCUGUGAUAAGAGAACUACCUUUCAAAACCUCAUUUUUUUUAAUAUUUCUACUCCAAGGGUUUUCGACGUCACUGGGAGCUUUACAAAUAACGUUUCCUAAUCAAGACGAACUAAUUAUAAAUGCUAACACCGACGUCACUUUCGUAUGCGAAGGAACCCAUUUGGUCAGCUGGGUUUACCCGAAUUCAACAGAUCUCGCCGGAAAAUCGUCUACUAUUACUACAACGUUUUCAAAAGAUGGUGGCAAAUACACAGCCUACUUACAAAUAACGAGUGCGUCCUAUCUCGACACGGGAUUUUACACCUGCCUAUCUAGCGAAGACACUGAAAUAAGCAAAAGUUUUUAUUUGUUCGUCAAAGAUGAAAGCAAUUUAGCAGUUACUCGGGACAACGAAUACGUAAACGUGGUAACAGGCGAAAAGGCUAUUAUUCCAUGUAGACCAACAUCGCCUGAUGUUCAAGUUGAUCUCUACAAAGAAACGGAAGACCAGAAUAACGACCAUUUACUGAAGAAGGUGCCGCUGAACGUAGAGUACGAAGAUGGUAACAUAUACACGUUUCGACCUGAAUAUGGUUUCAUCAGGAGCGAGAGUAUUCAUUCAAGAAUUCAAUCCAACAACGAGGAGUACCAUUUUUAUACAUGUGUUUUCUCCAGGAAUUGGAAAACGCAAAACAGAUCGCUUUUGCUAUCAGUACAGAGAAAAUCACAAGAAGUUGCUAUAACAUCUGUUAAUGACUUAAAUAAUGGUCAUACAGUGGUAGGAGAAACUUUGAAUCUGUCUUGUGUCAUACAUACCGACGGAAGUUUCGCUCAGAGCUGGUUACUACCAAACCCUUCAGCUGAAAAGGAAAAGAGAGUAUUUAACCAAUCAUCAGAUAUAAGGGCAGAAUCAACGCAUAUAAGAAUUUUAAGGGUUGUAAAUACAACCCUUGCAGACAGAGGGGUUUACACGUGUGUCGUAUUUGACCAUUAUAAUAGAGUUGAAUCAGAGUAUUACGUAAAUAUUUAUGAUACUGACGAACAUUAUUUGGAAUUACAUGAAGACAACGGAGUGUAUGAAAUUUCCGCUCUUGCAGAUACCAAAACUUCUGUGACAUGGUCCAUAAAUGUUACCGCCCAUCCCGUACCUAAAUUAGUCUGGUACAACAACAGAAACGAAAUAAUAUUAGGAAUGGACGACUUUUUAGGAAAAUACAACAUUACAAAUCAACCACAUAGAGCAACUCUCCAAAUAAAUGACGUUUCCAUUUCCGACAGAGGUUAUUACGAACUAAUGGCAUUCAACAAUUUUGAAAAGAAAACGUUGAAAUUAUUCUUGAACGUGUCAGGAAAACCCAUUCUUAAUUUGGAGAAGCAAGAUUUCUACCUCAUAAACAAACCGGCAUUUGCUAAUUGCUCUGUGUCAGCAUUUCCCAAGCCGAGAAUUUAUUGGACGCUGGAAAUGUGUCCAGAUAAUCCAUGUAGCUCGCAACGUAUAUCCAGCUUGGAAACGGAAAUCAGUGACUUUGAAAUCAUAUCGACUGUCACAAUUGUACCACACCACUCAGGAAAACUUACUUGUCAUGCCAAUAAUUCAUUAGGAGACAGUAAUAUUACUGUAAAUUUUGAAGUUACUGAUGUGGAACACGGUUUCGCUCUUUGGAAUCCUAACGAUGAUUUUGAGACAAACGGAACCGAAACAUUUAGUACUGCCGUUUUGGGUGAAACAUUAACACUGUUCUGUGGAGCUACUAUCGGGUACUACUCCAACAAAUUACCGUGGUAUUUCAUCAAUGAAACUAAUGAAAUUGAAAUGAAAACAGAUGACCAUUUUAGAAUUGAUAGAAGCUAUACGAAAUAUUCAUACCGUUCGAUCCUUACAAUUAAUAAAGCGCUCGCUGCUGAUAAGGGGAAAUAUGAAUGUAGAGGUGAAGAAAUAUCGAAUGAUAUUCGAACCAAUAAAAUUGCUCAGGUAUAUCUUGACUUCAGAGAACCAAUGGCUCCAGUAAUAAUUCAAACGAAUUUGAACGAAGAGACUUUUGAAACGAAUACACCGGAAGAAGUCGAAUUUUUCUGUUUGGCAGAAGGAAAUCCAAAACCGAAAAUAAUUUGGUUAAAGGAUGACAACUAUCUCUGGAAUUUGAAUCAAACAAGGAUAAAGGUCGUGGAUCACAAUGAGCGCCUCAUUUUUUCCUACACUCUCUUUGAAGACGAAGGAAAAUAUACGUGCCAAGCACAGAAUAGAUACGGAAUUACAAGCAAAUCAGUUACCUUAAAUUUCAAAAAUAAAUCGGAAAUAAUCACAUACAUAAUAGCAGGGGUUGUUGUAUCAGUUCUUAUUCUAGUGGCUCUCAUCAUUGCUAUUAUUAGAGAACAGAAACAGAAAAAGAAAUUGAUGCAAGAGUUAAAAAGCAUCGGACUUAUGAAUUUCGAAAAAGGCGCAUUGGAAAAUUUAAAUCCCGAACUAAGAGUAGAUGAUCAAGCGGAACUACUACCCUAUGACACCAAGUUUGAAUUUCCUCGAGAAAAAUUAAAAUUAGGCAAGCAACUGGGUGCCGGCGCUUUUGGUAUAGUAGUUAAAGCGGAAGCUAANCGACAUAGCGCUCAAGGAAUUCCUGUGACGCCCGACUCAACUAUUGUAGCGGUUAAAAUGGUAAAGAGAAACGCCGACGCGUCUCACAUAAAAUCGCUAGCUUCAGAACUCAAAAUAAUGGUUCACUUGGGCAAUCACUUGAAUGUGGUUAACUUAUUGGGGGCCUGUACAAAAGACGCAGCAAAAACCAGAGAACUUUUAGUUAUUGUUGAAUACUGCAGGUUCGGAAACAUUCACGAUUUCCUCAUAAGGCAUCGACAAAAUUUCAUCAAUCAAAUCGACCCAAAGACGAAAAAUGUCGAUUUUUCUAUAGGAUCUGAUAUUCUACAACGGACAUUAUCUGUUUCAAGUAACAGAAGCGAUGCCACUAGUAAUUCUAACGAAUACAGAGGAGAAAACUCAGCAGUUAGUUGCGGAACAACACAAACAAUGUCAACCACAUUAGGAACUUCACCUAACGGAGACUCAGAAGAUCCUUUUGUAACAAGUAACAACAGUAUUCAACCGGAAUGGAGGUCCAACUAUAAGGGAGAUUACAGAGGAAUCGUGAAAACAAUAGCCACCAGGGACCUGAUAUCCUGGGCUUUCCAGGUGGCUAGAGGCAUGGAAUACCUAGCCUCAAGAAAAGUCCUUCACGGUGAUCUCGCUGCCCGAAACGUUUUAUUGGCUGAUAAUAACGUGGUCAAAAUUUGCGACUUUGGACUAGCCAGAAGCAUCUACAAGAGUGACAAUUAUCAAAAGAAAGGAGACGGUCUACUUCCGGUGAAAUGGAUGGCAAUUGAAUCAAUUCAGGACAGAAUCUUUUCAACCCAAUCGGAUGUUUGGUCAUAUGGGAUCGUUUUGUGGGAAUUGUUUUCCUUAGCCCGCACGCCAUAUCCAGGAAUGGAGGCCAACGAAAGGUUGUACCAGAAACUCCUCGAAGGAUAUAGGAUGGAUAGUCCACAAUACGCAUUCAAGGAAAUAUAUCAAAUAAUGUUGGAAUGCUGGCAUCCAAAUCCUAUUUGUCGACCAUCUUUCACGAAAUUGGCUCACGAGAUUGGCCUUAUGUUAGAAGAAAGCGUAAGACAGCAUUACAUCGACCUAAACGACCCUUAUCUAAAAAUGAACACUCAUCGUCUGGAGAAACAGGAAGAUUAUUUGGCCAUGUUGAGUCCACCAGAUUUCGCAAAUCUGUCUUCUCCAAACCACUACAUUAACGAGCCUACAAUUAGUGACACAGCGAGUCCGGCGAACUUUGAAAACUCGGGUUAUCUCUGCAUGAAACCAAAUAAUAUAUUUAGUCCAUCUCCGCUGGAUACGUCAACAUUCGUUUUCGACAACAAACGGAAACCUUUGGAAGAUUCGAAAAGCGACGAAGGUAUCGAAAUGGAACCUAUGCUAGGAGGAGGCAAUGAAUCUGAUUACGAGAGUCAGCCGAACAGUCCAACAUUUGUCAACAGUUUUUCUAACCCAAGUUACCACGUACCACCCAAAAUAACGCUUCCGAAGAACAAUCUUAAUGUCUUACAUUCGAUUGAUAAUUAUGUAAAUAUGCCCCAAAAGCAAAGUGCCAUUGUAAAUAGUACAAACAGUGAUUCGAGAGAUGUAAGUGAUGGUGCUAAUAAUGACUAUACACAUAACUAUGUAAACAAUAGUAGCCGAGACUGGGAAAAAAUCAUCGUAUAAAAAAUCUUCAUAAAUGCCAAAGUUUAGUAAUUGCACCACUGUAAACAUGACAAAUGAAUACUCAAUCUCUAUUAGUCUUAAAGACGGUCAUGAAAUGGAUUUGGAAAGAAAACUUCAAUAAGUGAUUAAAUAGAAAAUUUUUCUUGCCAUAAUUUUUUCCAAUCAGAUAUUAAUGAAUUUUGGCUAGGGGCCGUUCGUUCAUUUCAUCACGCUGUUUUUGCAGCUUUUUGGACUCCCCCUUUGGCGUUCCUCGUCGCACAAGCUGUUAUUUGUACAUUUUUGCUAGUGGUUAAUUCUAUACAAACAUCACGUGCCCCCCUCCCUAUGACCACAUUUCGUCACGCCCCCCCACCUCUACCCCCUCAUCUCGUCGUGACGUAAUAAAAAUCCCUAGCAAUAAACAAUUCCUAAUUUGAUCGAUAUGCGGUUAACAGUAUUCUCAACUGUAGAUACUUAAUUAUUUUAACAAAAAUAAUAAAGAACGGAUACUAAUAAGGUAUUAUUUUGGAUCUCGCGUAAUUACAUAAAAUGCCCUUAUUGAAGGAUAGUCACUGACCUACAAAUGGUGCAAAUUAUAAAUAUUAAAAUAUUAUAUAUUGUUUUGUAUAUUACCAUUUUGUAAAAUAUAUUG